GAUAUUGUGAUGGUCCCCUGAUGGAAUGCUAGGACUCGGUGUGCGACGACUCAAAGCCCGCCCUUCGCUGCUAGACCUGAUCGCGCGUCACGACGAAGGCGUUGGUUGCAGGUCGUCAUCACCGCCCGGACUAUCUGGACUAGACUACCAGCUGGACAGCCCGCAACUGCCACCGCUCCCCGUCUCGCCCACUUCAUCAUCCUGCAGCCACAGCUCCUCGUCUUCUCCUCCUCCUGCCUCCCCCAUCCAUCCCUCCCCCUCCCCCGCUGUGUCCACUCCUACUAUCCACCCCCCUGCUCCACGCAUCAUGGCCCCCUCCGCUGAUGAUGGCGAGACCCAGCAUGGCUCCGUCUUCUCCGUCUCCGGUCCCGUCGUUGUGGCAGAGCAUAUGAUCGGCUGUGCCAUGUACGAGUUGUGCCGAGUCGGUCAUGAUCAGCUCGUCGGUGAAGUCAUUCGGAUUGAUGCCGAUAAGGCCACUAUUCAGGUCUAUGAGGAGACAGCUGGUUUGACGGUCGGCGACCCCGUCUUGCGAACAGGAAAGCCUCUUUCGGUCGAGCUGGGUCCCGGCCUGAUGGAAACAAUCUACGAUGGUAUUCAGCGACCUCUGAAGGCGAUCUACGACCAGUCCAAGGGUAUCUAUAUUCCCCGUGGUAUUGCGGUCAAUGCGCUGGAUCGGGUGAAGAAGUGGGACUUCACGCCGGGCAAGUACAAGGUCGGCGAUCACAUUACCGGAGGUGACAUCUGGGGUACCGUUGCCGAGAACAGUCUGGUGAACGACCACAAGAUCAUUCUCCCUCCCCGCGCCAGAGGUACCAUCACCCGCAUAGCCGAGGCUGGAAGUUAUACUGUCGAGGAGAAGCUGCUGGAAAUCGAGUUCAAUGGUGUCAAGACGGAACACAGUAUGAUGCACACCUGGCCUGUCCGUGUGCCCAGACCUGUGAACGAGAAGCUGUCAUCCGACGCUCCCUUCAUCGUCGGUCAGAGAGUCCUGGACUCUUUGUUCCCUAGUGUCCAGGGUGGUACUGUCUGUAUUCCUGGUGCCUUUGGAUGCGGAAAGACUGUCAUUUCGCAGAGUGUGUCCAAGUUCUCCAACAGUGAUAUCAUCGUCUACGUCGGUUGUGGUGAGCGUGGUAACGAGAUGGCCGAAGUCUUGAUGGAUUUCCCCGAGCUCUCUAUUGACGUCGACGGCCGCAAAGAACCCAUCAUGAAGCGUACCUGCCUGAUCGCCAACACCUCCAACAUGCCUGUCGCCGCACGUGAGGCCUCCAUUUACACCGGUAUUACGAUCGCCGAAUACUUCCGUGAUCAGGGAAAGAACGUGGCUAUGAUGGCGGAUUCCAGUUCUCGUUGGGCCGAGGCCCUUCGUGAGAUUUCCGGUCGUCUGGGAGAGAUGCCGGCUGACCAGGGUUUCCCGGCCUACCUGGGUGCCAAGCUGGCUUCCUUCUACGAGCGUGCGGGCAAGAGUACCGCUCUCGGAAGCCCCGAGAGAAUCGGCAGUGUCAGUAUUGUCGCUGCCGUCAGUCCUCCGGGUGGUGAUUUCUCGGAUCCUGUCACCAGUAGUACCCUGGGUAUUGUCCAGGUGUUCUGGGGUCUGGACAAGAAAUUGGCCCAACGGAAGCAUUUCCCGUCGAUCAACACCUCGAUCUCCUACAGCAAGUACACAACGAUUUUGGACCGGUACUACGAGAAGCACCACCCCGAGUUCCCUCGCUUGCGCGACCAGAUCCGUGAGCUGUUGACCAAGUCGGAAGAUCUGGACCAGGUCGUGCAGCUGGUCGGUAAGGCCGCUUUGGGUGACUCGGACAAGAUUACCCUGGAUGUGGCUGCCAUGGUCAAGGAUGAUUUCUUGCAGCAGAACGGAUACAGUGACUACGAUCAGUUCUGUCCCCUGUGGAAGACCGAGUACAUGAUGAAGGCGUUCAUGGGCUACCACGACGAAGCCCAAAAGGCUGUGGCCCAAGGUCAGAACUGGGCCAAGGUUCGCGACGCCACAACCGACAUCCAGAGCUCACUCCGGAGCAUGAAGUUCGAGGUGCCGACCAACGAGGCUGAAGUUUCCGAGAAGGUAAGUCCAAUGGUGCCGCUCCCAUUGAUGCCUAUUUCUAAGUUUGUUGCAGUACGAGAAGGUUCUCCAGUCCAUGUCGGAGCGGUUUGCUUCGGUGUCGGAUGAGUAGAGAAGGGCAUUAUCGCCGGUGGACCGGGGGCGUGUUGACUAAAUUAUAUCCCGAGCUUGUAGCAUAGCAAAUUCCCAGUAUAUGUAGUUAUUGCUGUUGCCUUGAUGAAUUCGAGAGGAUUCCGUUUGUCGUGUGCGAGGGAGUGAGUCAGUCAGGCAGCAUCAUUUAGCAGCUGGUGCCAUUGUCUGGCCGCUUUUGGGUGGCCAAAUCCACAUGACGCGGCCGCCCGUUGCUGUGUAGGCAGUC